AACAUUUACUGUCAGGUUACAAACAGGAAGAAAACAUCCAGUUGUUAUCCGAGUCAGGGACUGGUGUAGCAGCCUGCGUUGGAGUAGCUCAGUAAUGAGGCGGCUUUGAGAAUCGGAACCAGCCGUGGAGUUAUCAUGGUUUGUCCGGAGUAGAGUCAGAACCGACUAUUAGCACAAGAAUUCAGUACUGAUCCACUUUCCUCCGGUCCGACUGUUGAAACGAGGUGUGAAUGAGUGACGUGGUGCCUCCCACAGCUCUCAGUGAAGUCCAGCUCCGCUUCCUUUGUCACGAUGACAUAGAGAAUGUCAAACUGCUCUGUGGUGACUGGUUCCCUAUUGAGUACCCAGACUCAUGGUAUCAAGAUAUCACCUCCAACAAGAAAUUCUUCUCCCUCGCUGCCACCUUCAGAGGAAACAUCGUGGGAAUGAUCGUGGCCGAGAUCAAAAGCCGGACCAAAGUACACAAGGAGGAUGGAGACAUCCUGGCCUCCGGUUUUCCUGUGGACACGCAGGUCGCUUACAUCCUCAGCCUAGGAGUGGUCAAAGAGUUCAGGAAACAUGGCAUUGGCUCCUUGCUGCUGGACAGUCUGAAGGAGCACAUCUCAACGACCGCUCAGGAUCACUGCAAGGCCAUCUACCUGCACGUCCUCACCACCAACAACACUGCCAUCCACUUCUAUGAGAACAGGGACUUCAGGCAGCACCACUACCUUCCCUACUACUACUCCAUACGUGGCGUCCUAAAAGACGGAUUCACCUAUGUGCUCUACAUUAAUGGGGGCCAUCCACCCUGGACAAUAUUUGACUAUAUCCAGCACAUCGGUUCAACUCUGGCCAGCUUGAGCCCCUGCUCUAUCCCUCAGAGGUUGUACCGCCAGGCCCAGUCGCUGCUGCGCUCUCUGCUCCCCUGGUCCAACAUCGCCUCAAAAACCGGCAUACAGUACAGCAGAACCAUGUGACGUAGUGGAGGCCAUUCACAACGGGAGCUACACCUUCACCGUCUUUGCAGCAUCUACCGGAUCUCAUCAUCUCCCUUUUUAUCUGGUAUUUUUUUAGGAGCUCAGCUGUCUCGAUCCCCGUCAGUCUUCCCUUGUGCAGACCAAGUUCACAACAUUCUUAAUUUCUUAUGGCUUCCCUCUUCCUGUCUGCAUGACAAAGGACUCAGUCCAGCCAAUCCAGAAUGGCCAGCAGAGAUUGUACAGUAGGAGUUAAAGGAUGGCGCACCCACCAGGAACCAUAGAGAGCUGCACAUCAUAUCUCCUUUCAUCUUGUCAACUACUGUCAGAUACUAUGUAUUCUAUUUGUAUAUAUUAUAUUUAGCUAAUAUAUAAAUUUAUCUUAAUAUGUAUGUGGAUUGUACUGUAUGUUAUUAAUGGGUUUAGUUGAACGAUGACCCAUCCUUGUCCCUUUUUUUUAGUGUAGAUUUAAGUCUGAAUCAAUUGCAGUUUUAUAAAAUUGACACUGAAAAUAAACAAAGCAGAUUUUAUUAAUGAGGUUAUAGGUAACUUGGUUGAAAUGAAUUUGAUUAAAGAAAGUAGUUUCUUGAAAGAUUUUAAGCGGGCUAGUCAUUUAAUCUUAUCUGUAAUUCUUCCCUACAAACACUCAUUGAAAUCGGUUUUUAUUAGCAUAGAGAAACCGUAUUAUUUUACUGGACAUUCUGUCCACUUAGUGGGAAUGCAGUGCUGUUAAGGAAAAUGCUCAUAACUCCAUAUAACAAUAAAGUCUCUAAGCUGUUUCCAUUUUAA